GUUCUCUGUCAUGCAUUGGUUUAUGUCUAUUCUAUUAAAAUACCAGAGAACGUAUAUCACGUUAUACGUUCUCUGAACGUUCUCUGCAAAUACGAGUAUUUUUGACAGUUAUUUGAAGUAUUAAGAACAGAGUUGUUACAAUACGUCUAAGGAACGUCAAAUUCAAAUGUCAACCAGGUGCAAAUUGAUGAGCAAAAUAAAAACAAUAUUAACCGCGACUGCGCCGAUAACCGCGAAAUUCAAGCAAUUUAGGGAGCAUAAACCUAAGCCAUAUAGAAAGGUAUUUGGUGCUAAGUGAGAAAGGAUAAUGUGAAAAGCGAAAUAUUCGCAAAGUUGUUUAGUGCGCAAGGAUGUAGAGAAAAUGGCAUAUGCAUACAGUUCACUGUGGAGUCAUGCUUGGUCAAGUGCAGUUUUCAGUGGAUUCUCGUAGUGUAUAAAUGGUGCGGAUGAGUGAACAGCGUUGGAAUUUUGGUGAUAAAUUGGUGUAUUAAUCCUUGGGAAAAAAGUAACUCCUAAAGAAUUUAAAUAUACAUAAAGCAAAUGCCUUUUAUAUAAAGCAAACUUUGUAAAACCAUCUUAAAUCCAUUUACAAAAUAUAAAGUUGUAGUAAAAUUUUGAUUGGGACAAAUAAAAGUAUAUUAUGAAAAAAAGUGUCUCUUGUGAAUAAAGUGACUUACUUAUUGCCUUUCUUUGCCAUUUACCUAAACAUUCUAAUGUGCGUCCUCAGGGAAUGAAUGGAAAACUCUUACACUUACCGCAUGCGGAAUUGCUGUUGUGUAUAUGAGAACGAAUUGGCACCCAUUGCUAUAGAAGCGAAAUUCAUGAAAAAUCGAUAUUCUGCAAAAGGGAAACGGUCAGUCGCGCUUUAGGUAAAGUGGCUAUAUGUGCGCCUCUAAUUGGUUUUGAUCAUGCGUUGUUAAUUCAGUUGCACCAGAAAUAAAUAAUUAAACAGCACUUUUAUAAACAAAUUAAAAACUCAAAACUCUCACAGGAACACUAACAUGCUAAUGUUGAGCUUUAUAUGCUACUUGUGUUGUUGUCUUUUGUCCUAAAUUCCAUAAGUCGCGUGCUCAAUUAUAUAUUUUUGACAAUAACUCGUACACUCACGAAUAUUAUCAUAUUUACGUGUACAUAUGUAUUUAUUAAUCCAUUAUCCUCACUGCCAUCAACAUAGAAGCUACAACGUACCACCAGAUUUCUCGAUCUGUAAACUCAUUGUCUACUAAAACUGCCUAUUUCGGUGUAUGCAUUGUUUUUUUAUUUUUACAAAACGCCCACAAUUAUUAUACUCAUUGCUACAGAUGAGUCAUGCGCGUCAAAAAAUAUUCGAAUAUUUUAAACAACUUUAAGAUAACAGUGAUUUGUGCGGAUCAUAUAUUAAAGUUAUUUGGUGCUCUCAUUGAAUUCGUAUAGCUAAAUAAAUAUGAAUGUGUGCUGAAGAGAUUCAAAGUGUUUACUUUCGGUUAUCAUUGCAUCUAUAAUUAUUGACUUGAUACUAAGUUUGCAAAUAAAAUGAAGACGCGUCUUGUUUCGUUAACAUACCGCGGCAGCGCCUCUGUGGAUCCGCGCUACUCCGCCGCAAUGUUGCCAUGGACCAUAAAUGAUAUUCGCUCCACUGAAAGUUACUCGAAGCUCUCCGUUGGCAUCGAAAAUGGUGUGCUCGAGUCAUAUAAUUCCGAUUUCGAGUUACAAUUCAGUCAUCCGCUCAAGCAUAUUGUUGGCAUGUGCCGCAUCGUACAUAAGCAGAGCAAUACGAAAAGCGCCGGCAAUGGUUUCCUCCAGUUGAAAGCCUUCACCAGCGGCGGCAGCGCCACAAAUAGCAAUGCGAAUGUUUUGAAAACAAACGGCACAGGUGGUGCCUUAACCACAUCGACUUCGUAUGGUUCACUGUCCUCAAGCGCUGCACUGCGUGAACGGGAGCGCGAACAGGCGGCGUUGGCCGCCGCAAGUAGCGUAGAUGGCGGCACUAACGAGGCAGUUAAUGGCGGAAAUGCGAAUAAUUUCAUGGAAUUUCUCGGUCCCAUCACAGGCCUGGUUUAUUUGAUGAAGGAUCCACGUGACCCGUUAUUGCAUAUUUAUCUAUUCGAAUGUGAAGCGGUUGAGGAGAUGGCGGAGCUCAUGCAUCAAAUGCGUGAUCCUGCACACACACUUGGCGGCUCUGUGGGCAGCAUACCGCAGACCUUUGUCGCCAACGGCUCCAGCAAUGACUUGUCCAUGCAGCGCGCACUCACCGGCAACGGCAUACAUGCCACACCGGCUACCAAUCUCAAGCUUAGCGAAGCCGUACGCAAUGCUCAACAUGAUGCUAGUCCCAAUAUUGUUUCGUCUAAGAUGAAAUCGUCUAAAUCGUAUACACAUGGCUUGAGCAACUCAGCGGGCACCGUACACAUUCCGACAUCUACCUCCGCGCAGAGUAAUCUGUCAUUGCUCGCCGAUAUCUCUCCCAAUCACACGCACUUCUUCGAGGUCAUGUAUGUGGGUAAAAUACGUGUCUCACACAAGCGCGUGCCGUUCUCAUUCAUCGAUGACGCCCUGCCCAAGUUCAAGGCGUACGACGCGCAACGUACGCGUCUCAUGCAGUUGACCGCCACUGCCACGGCCAACGCCACAUCAACGGCUAAUCGCAAACUCUCCUUGAAUGUUGAGUCCAGCAGCGUUAAUGCGCACGCCAAUAGUAGCACCGUAACGUUUGAUCUGAAAACGAUUUCCUUCAAAGAGAGUGAUGCUGAAGAAUCAGCGGCAGAAAUGCUUGAAGGCGCGGCCGCGGAAACAGAAGCCGAAACAUCGACGGAGACAGAAACGGAAGCUGAACAGCAGGAUGCAAUCACUCGCAAGUCGGUGAAGGAAAGCAUUGCAGAGGAAGGCGUUGCACAAAUCGUUGGGGACGAGCAUAAAACAUCAAGCAAACCGAAUAAAUUACCGAAGCGAUUACUGCGCGGCAUUAGCCAGACUGAACUUCCUGUGAAAAAAGAUACAAGCACUGAGGAAGAAAACGAAGCAGGUCCAAGGACGGAUGUGUCUCUUGCACCGAAUGUUAUAAUCAACAAACAUCCAUCACCGCCACGUCAAGCGCAGGAGGAGGCUACAAAAGAGCCAGCGAUGCAACAAGAAAAAACGGUAACAACAGCAACAGCAGAUGAGACACAACAGCAAAUGCUUAAGAUACCACAACAACCAACCUACGUAACGCUCGACACCAUACCCAAGCAACGCGAUCGUUCCGCUUCGUACGGUUGUAUUCCGCCAUUUGUAGAGCAGAAUCGCACUAUGGUCUUUUUGGUGGGGCGCUCUGAUUUGCGGCUCAUCUCGCCGGAUCGUAAGCAAGUUUUACUGUACAAGGACUUCAAGGAUGUGGCCAGUUGCGCACAGGGACAGAAGAAUCCUGAUCAUUUCGGCAUCAUCUGUCGUGAGGUGCAUAAUGAUGGCUACAUAGGUUAUGUCUUUAAAUGUCAGUCGGAUCAUGUGUGCGACGAUAUAGUGGCGGCCAUUUCGCAAGCGUUCGUAACAUGCGCGGAACAAAAGAAAAAGGAAGCCACACAGAUUUUCUCAUGUGAACACUGUCCAAUGUUGUGGUAUCACAAACUCUGCACCGACAUUGAAGGUUUGAGUGAAAAGAAAACACAAGCGAUGAUAUUCCGUCGUAUAGAAUCGCUCACCGACGAUGAGCAGGACAUGAUUUGGGCCAAGUACUAUGGUUCGGAGAAGACCAGCUCACCGCUGUCGGAACAAAAUCAAUUUUUAAUGAUGCUUUUACGAGCGCACUGUGAGUCACGCCAACAAAGGCAUGUGCACGACACUGCUGAGAAUCGUUCAGAGUUCUUGAAUCAAUACUUGGGUGGUAGUACGAUUUUUAUGAAAGCCAAACGUUCGCUCACCAACUCAUUUGAUCAUCUGUUGAAACGUAAAGCAUCCAAGGAUGACAUUGGCAUAGCGCAUGAUCUGCGCGAUAAUCAGAUACGUGAGAAGUCGGCCGAGCCACAUCCGGUUAGUCGCAGUGGCAACGAGACACCACCGGAGGGUUUCCGCUCACGUUCGAACACGAUUGGUAGCGCAAGUCCGAGUAAACCGAAUGCGGAGCACUUGAAGAGUCCCAUGAUGGAUAUUUUCAUUAAAGUUGGCAACAGUCCAAAGGAAUCUGAAGCACAUAAAGCUUCAUGGCGUCACGCCAUUUUAAAUAGCGUGGUAACACCAUCGAAGGGUAUGGAUGGCGAUGCGCAGAAUGAAUUUAUGUCACCAAUGAGGAUCACAAAACGCAUUCGCGGCAAACGAUCACGUGAGGAACUUCGCGAUCUCUGGAAGACCGCCAUACGUCAGACCAUACUGUUGAAUCGUAUGGAAACCGAGAAUGCCAUGUUGCAGGCGCGUCAAAAUGAAAAUGAGCUCAAACGCAUCAAACUCGACUAUGAAGAGAUCGUGCCAUGCGACAAACAACUGAUCGAGCGUUGGGAACAGAUUAUUGAACGUGACUCCAUGAAGAUCGCCAAUAAGAAGGAUCCCAAAGUGCUGGCACAAGCGAUUAAAUGUGGUGUGCCACGUUCGAAACGUGGUGACGUUUGGACCUUCCUCGCCGAUCAGCAUUCCAUGAACACAGCACCAGUGGAUACAAGGAAAUUUCCAAAUUUCAAUACGCCCUAUCAUACUUUGCUGAAAAAUCUCACCGAACAUCAGCAUGCCAUCUUUAUCGAUCUGGGUCGCACCUUCCCUAAUCAUAAAUUCUACAAGGAUCCACUGGGUGUGGGACAAUUGUCGCUGUUCAAUUUACUGAAAGCCUAUUCGAUACUCGAUCCAGAGUUGGGCUACUGUCAGGGCUUGGGUUUCAUAUGUGGCAUAUUGUUGUUGCAUUGCGAUGAGGCGGACGCUUUUCAAUUGCUCAAACAUCUCAUGUUUCGACGUCAGAUGCGCACUAAAUAUCUGCCGGAUAUGAAGAAAUUUCAGUUGCAGUUAUAUCAACUCUCGCGGCUCGUCAAAGAUCAUUUGCCAGAAUUAUAUAUUUGGCUCGAUCAGAAUGACGUGUCGCCCACUCUGUACGCCGCACCCUGGAUUCUAACUGUAUUUAGCUCACAAUUUCCGUUGGGUUUCGUGGCACGCGUUUUCGAUUUGCUUUUCCUCGAGUCGUCGGAGGUGAUUUUCAAAUUCGCAAUCGCUUUGCUAACAGUGCACAAGGACGAGUUGUUGGCACGCGACAACUUUGAGGAAAUUAUGGAUUAUCUCAAGACGGUCGUACCGAAAAUGGAAGCGCAUACAAUGGAGAAAAUAAUGAAAUUGGUAUUCACUUUGGAUGUCAGCAAGCAGCUGACCGAAUAUAAUGUGGAAUACAAUGUAUUACAAGAAGAGAUCUCAACAGCAAAUCACCAUUUGGAGAUGUUGAACCGAGAGAAAACACGCAAUAUGCAUCUCGAACAGCAGCUGCAGUUUGCUCAAUCGUCGAUCGCACAGCUGGAGAAGACACGCUCCUCUCAACAAACGCAAAUCACUUCGCUGCAAACACAGGUACAAUCACUGGAGUUGACUAUACAAACGCUCGGUCACUUCGUUGCUCAAUUGGCCGAACAAAAUGUCGAACUCGAAUUGCCCGGCGAUGUACGACGCAUACUGCAACAGCUGGACGAUUUGGAACGUCAACGCCGACGGCCACACUUCACUGAACGCAAAAUUGGCAAAUCCGUGUCGGUUAAUAGCCAUUUGGGGUUUCCACUAAAGGUGUUAGAAGAGUUGAACGAAAGAGAAGAACAUGGUUCGCCACAAAAGAAGAAGGAGAAGACACCUUUUUUUGAACACACCUAUGAACAAUUGAGACAACAACGCUAUACACAACAACAACAAAAUGCUCAAACAUCAACAACAACACAGCAGCAGCGAAAGUUAUUAAAUAGCGCUAGCAAUUCGCUGGACGACAACCAAUACCAAACGCAACAACAACAACAACAACGGCCAAAUCGCCUACUAGACUCGGCAGACAUACAAACGAAGCCAAGCGAACUCAAGUUGACCAAUCAGUCGGAGCAGCCGUUCGAUAACGCCAACAUACGCAGCCCACUUGAGGUGGACAGUGGCGUGGGCACACCACUCAGUCCACCCAGCACGAGCAGCAAUAGCAGCAGCAGCGGACUCAGUACAGGCUCCAGCAGUGGUGGUAGCCUCUUCAGUCGGAUGGGUUACAAAAAUACACCAACGGCGCUAUCACCGUUAAGCAGUCGGCAAACUUUGUAUGGCGCCGGCAGUGUGCCAGCAACAACAGCGCCUGGUGGCAAAGUUGUGCCAGCUGUCGCGAUUAUUGCGCCCACAGAGCAACCGCAGACGAGUGCAGAAAUGCAUCCACUGAGCAUGGUUGGUGAGGUAAAUGUGCGUUUUAACGGUACAACACAACUUAAAUCCAUACGACCCGUACAUCAUAUGCGUCCGAUGGUCACUGUGGCAGCGGGUGUAGCGGCAGCGGCUGCAUCGGCGCUGCAAGAGCAAUCGGCUAAGACGGCUGGCGAGAUCAGCAGCAGUAGCGGCAGCAAUGAGACAACAAAUACAGAUGCGAGUAACGGUCGCAGCUAACGGUUUUGAUUCAUAGCGAAAAUAUUGCGUAGCUUCUAUUAAAGAUACCUAAAACUCAUGAUAAAUCCAAAAAAAAAAAUAGACGAAAAUAGAAAAUAAAGUGAAGACUGCGGUGGUUUUCAGUUUGAAAGCGUGCUUCAAAAUGUAGUGGUUAGCGACAAAAAUUUUUUAAAAAAAAAAAGAAAUCUAGCAAAAAUUCUACAGAUACGGAAUGAUAAAAACUGAUGACAUAAACUGCUUUUAAAUGCCGCUAUUUGAAUUGAUAACUUUAAUAAGAGCACCUACGCUAACACGAUCGCUAUGCAAAAUCUCGUUAAAUUAUAAGGUAAAAUAUGUAUUUAGACAAAUAUAUGUAUGUAUAUGAACGUCAGCGUUGAAAUGUAACCGCUAACCUUUUGAUGAUAAUUAUAAAUUAUUUCGGUUAAUGUAUGUACAUAUAUAAUUUCCUGUACCUUUUUUUUAAUAUUGGUUUUUCCAGUAUAUGUAUUUCUACCAAAGUUGUCCUUACAGAAAGUCAACAGUUAUUACAAAAAUAUAAAUAUUACUAUUACUUGUAAGUAAAAUUUAAUUAUACUAAAAUCUUUUUUUAGUUUUUUUUCUUUUGUUUUUUUUAUAUACUUUUUUUUUAUAAAAUUUUUUUUACAUAAUUUUUAAUAAAAAAAAUUUUUUUUGGUUGUUUUUGAUUUUUUUAUAGUUUCUAAAAAAAGUAUGUAAAUUUUGGUCAGAAAGUUAUAUACAUAUAUUCAUUAAAGUCGAUAUAUUGUUAUAUUUCGCAUGUAUUGAACAUAUUUUGAGGCUAGUCACGAGUCAAUCGACCCUGUGUAAGAAUGACGACUCGCAUUCGGUAAAGUACAGUUUUGCUGUUUUGAAAAGAUUAAGAUAUAAGUUCCUUAUAGCUAUUUUUCAGUUUUCAUAUAUAAUUUUUCUGUAAUUAAAAAAUAAUAAUAAUUAAUAACCAAAAUCGCUUGUGUCAUGUGAAUAUAGUGAUUGAAUUAUGUAUGUAUACUUAUAGUAAUUAAUAAAUAAUUAAUUAAAAAAAAUAUAAAUAUUUUAAAAUUCGCUUCGCUAAGUCCCAAUUGUUGUUGCUUGCUUACUUUGUGGGGAAACAAAACAUAAAUAUGUAUAAUUUUGUUUACCUUUUUUUCUAAUUUUUCAAUUUUGAUUUAUUUAUCUCGGCAGCAGUACCCGAAAUUAUUUUUGGUUUGGAAUGAAGUCCACCAAGUAGAAAGUGAUAGAUCUCGAGCCUAGACUUCAGUAAAUGUGUGUGUGUGUUUUCAAAAUUAGUUUUUAGCGAAUAAAUUUAAAAAUAUAAUUUGAAAUGUUUAAAAGCUUACAAAAAAGGUAUAUUAAUUUAGCAUUGUUUUUUUAGUUUAUAGAAAUAAAUAAUUAAGUGUAAACAAAUGGUUAGUAAUUUACAAAUAUUUAUAUAGAUUCUUAUUCGAAGAUAAUUUAUGUCUAUGUAUGCGCGAUUAUAUUGCAUAAUUUUCUAUUUUCAUUUCUAUUUGCAAUUUUUUUUAUUGAAACAAAUAAUUCGAGCGUUAAUGCCAUGCAUAUACUCGUUUAUACAUGCAGUAAAUAUUUACAUAAGUACUUAAGCAAAAAUUAAAAAAUAAAAUACAUAAAACGAUAAAUGUAUAGCUUGCUUAUAUGUGUUACGUUGUGAUUAGAAAAGAAAAAUUUAUUGAAAAACUUAUAUUCAAAUUGUAGUUGCAAAUUACCCGCUUGAUUAGCUACAAAUACUUAUAAAAGUACACAAAAAUGUUUACGUAUAAUCUCUCUUAGCAUAAGCUCGUGCAUAAAUUUGUAUAAUCACAUGCAUAUAUAUAUCAAUUUUUUGUUUAUUUACUAGCGCUUGUUAUAAUUUUUUUAAAUAAAAUGUAAUCACAUAUGUAAUCAAAAGUAAAUUAUAAUAUAUUGUAAUUUCUAGUUUAGUAAUGUAAUUUGCAAGUACCAAAAGCAUAGCCGUGACUUAAAUGUACAUAAGUGUAUACAUACAUACAUAUGUAUGUGUGUAUAUGCUUGCAUAGUGUGUAGUAGUGUAGGAGUGUAGUGCCCAAAUAUGCGCUCUGCUGCAAUUCUUCACAAAUACUUAUAUAUACUAGUAUAUUUGUAUCCGACUUUCGAAUACCUACUUUUCAAGGUUUUAUAAAAUGCUUAAAAAUGGUUAAAUUUAUAUGCUCACAAAUAUACACACAUAAAUACAGAUAUACAGUUAUAUUAUGGAAAUGUCUCAGUAAAAUAAAAAUUGCUAUAUGUAUUUAAUUGCGGAGCAGCAUAAUUAUUUGUUUAACCAAAUACAAAAACUAAAACUAAAUAAAUUCUAUUUAUUAUGUAGUUCACUGAAAGCAAUUGCAGCUAUUGAAUAAAAAUGUAUAACUA